UAGAAUAAUAGAAAUAUUAGAAAUAAUAGUAUCAAAUUUAGUUUUUAUAUUAUUUGUUAUUGUUAUUUUGUCACUUAAAUUUUUGAGUAUAAAUUCUUAGUUGUUCAUAUUUCUCUAUCGGUUUUCAUGAUGUUAAGUAACUUGUCAUUUCCCAGUCUUAUUUCAACAGUAGGAACAUUAUUAUUUCGUAACAGUGUUCGACAUGCGUCCAAAAAAUCUGGUACAAGUACAGCUAAUGUCGGUGGUCGAGUUCGUCCUAAACAUAGAGGCAUCAGGUACAAUGAUGGCCGUGAAGUACAAGCUGGUACCAUGUUAGUGUUGCAGAAGGAACUGAGAUUUCAUCCAGGUCUUCAUGUUGGUUUUGGGCGUAACGGCACAUUAUUUGCUUUGGAACAAGGAAAAGUGGUUGUUUCAUGCGAAAAGCUGGAUCCAAAUUGGAAUCACACUUGGAUUCAAAGAUUUUAUAACCAUCGCAAAGGACAAACAAUUUACAAAAAAUUCUUUAAUAUUAUACCAACGCCACAACAUAAUCGAUUUAAACUUGUUGAAUCUAUUUAGGCUGUUGUUAAAAUUAAGAUCUUAGCCUAUAAAAUUUAUUACUGUAAUUAAAUUGUAGACAUUUUUUAAAUAAAUAAA